AUGGCUAAAUUGGGUUUCUCUACUCAGACAAACCCCUUCAAGCCUUCCUCUCUUUCUCCCCCAUAUUUCUGGUUCUGCCGUUCGUGUUCUAACGUUUACUCUUCUUCUUCUCGCACUGUUUGGGCUUGUUCGAGAAAAGCCCUCCGUAGGCCAGAAGAUUUCAAACUCGAAAGUGCAAAUGGUUCCUUAUCAACUGGAACUCUUAAUGUUGAUUCCCAUCAGUUAAAAAGAUCAAGUUAUAGUACUAUGGAACAUGAUGAAAGUCAAAUGCACUAUCAACGAAGAUAUACAUAUCCAUCUCCUCACUCGAAGAUGCCUUUUGUGCAUAGAGGGGGCAGAAGCACAGAGGGAGUAAAUGGAGAAGUUUGGGGCAGCCAUGUCACUCUUGGACAUACUGCUGAAGCCUGGGGUAAAGCAGCUGAAGAAUGUAAAAUAAACAAGGCAUUAUUUGCACAUAAAAAAAACAAUGCUGUGAAUCUUAGAACCCUUCCAGAAAAUACUGCAAAAAGAGCUAAGUUGGGAGUCCUAGAAGAUUCAUCUGAGUGUAUCAAAAGGUAUAAAGGAGAUGGAAGUAGACCAAUCAGUAAAGAAACGGAAUACAGUGCGAAUGUAGGACAACUCAGGCCGCUUGUAUCGCAUAACCCAUUGUCUGUUGAUGAUGUUAGAAGUAACAAAGUAUGCAUGAAUAAUGGCGAUGGUUCAAUGUCAUUGCAAAACCAAUCAUUGUUAGAAGGUGUUCUGCCUAAUAGGUUAUUGUUGGAGGAUAAUGCGGAGAAUGGGAAAGAUGAAGUUUCCAAAAACGUCAAUGAACUUGCUAUCGAUGAAAUAAAAAUUAGUCCUGCUGAUCAUAAAUGUGUUAUUGCUGACAUUGCUAACGGGACUCGGAUUGAGCAAAUUACUCAUGAACCAAAGAAUAUUUUUGAGAGGCUUUGUAGUGUAUAUGACAAGGUUCUUGUAGUUAAUAGCAUUACCGCAGCUAGGGAAGUGGUUGGUUUGCUCACAAAUCAAUACAGGCAUCUUGUUCACGCAUGUGAUACCGAGGCAUCCAAGAUUGAUGUCAAGGAGGAGACACCUGUGGACCAUGGAGAAAUUAUAUGUUUUAGUAUAUAUUCUGGUCCAGAGGUCGAUUUUGGCAAUGGGAAAUCUUGUGUCUGGGUGGAUGUUCUUGAUGGUGGUGGCAAGAAUCUAAUGGCCGAGUUUGCUCCAUUUUUUAAGGAUUCUUCCAUUAAAAAAGUGUGGCACAAUUACAGCUUCGAUAAUCACAUAGUAGAGAAUUAUGGACUAAUAGUUUCUGGUUUUUUCGCUGAUACAAUGCACAUGGCUCGGCUGUGGAAUUCGUCUAGGCGAACAGAGGGUGGGUAUUCUUUAGAAGCACUUACGGGUGAUCCCUCUGUCAUGUCUGAUGCUAAGCUGCGCCCUGGUGAAGAGAUGAUUGGUAAAGUAUCAAUGAAAACCAUCUUUAGCAGGAAAAAAAUGAAAAAAGAUGGAUCUGAGGGAAAAAUAAUGGUCAUUUCGCCAGUUGAAGAGUUGCAAAGAGUUGAGCGAAAACUGUGGAUUUGUUAUUCCGCUUUAGACUCAAUAAGCACCCUGAAGCUAUAUGAAAGUUUGAGGUGUAAACUGUCUAAAAUGCCUUGGAAUCUUGAUGGAGUUGUGAAAGGAUCAAUGUUCAACUUCUAUGAGAAAUAUUGGCGUCCAUUUGGUGAGCUUCUAGUAAAGAUGGAAACCGAGGGAAUGCUGGUUGAUCGUGCCUAUCUUUCUGAGGUUGAAAAGGUGGCUAACGCAGAACAGCAGGUUGCUGCUGAUAGAUUUCGCAAGUGGGCGUCCAAGCACUGCCCAGAUGCGCGGUACAUGAAUGUGGGUAGUGAUGCACAGUUGCGCCAAUUCUUUUUUGGUGGUAUUCAGAACAGAAAGGAUGUGAAUGAGUUUCUUCCUCUAGAGAAGGAUUUCAAAGUUCCCAACACAGACAAGGUAAUCGAAGAAGGCAAGAAGAGUCCAACAAAAUAUCGCAAAAUUAAACUGCAUAAGCCCCUUGAUGUUAAUAUAGAGGCUGAUGUGUAUACUGCAAGUGGUUGGCCUUCUGUUAGUGGUGAUGCUUUAAAGGGUCUUGCUGGGAAGGUUUCUGUUGACUUUGACUUUGACUUCAUGGAUGUAGAGAAUGUUGAAGAAGUUUGUAAUGCAGGGGAUGGUGAAGCUUGCGAGGACCCUGAUAAGUCUGCUUAUGGAGCAGCGUAUACAGCAUUUGGUGGUGGGCAGGCGGGAGUUGAGGCUUGCCAUGCCAUUGCUGCUUUAUGUGAAGUUUGUUCAAUAGACUCUUUGAUAUCCAACUUUAUUCUUCCCUUGCAGGGUAAUCAUAUAUCAGGCAAGGAGGGGAGAAUUCAUUGUUCACUGAAUAUUAACACGGAAACUGGUCGCUUAUCUGCCAGAAGACCAAAUUUGCAGAACCAACCUGCUUUAGAGAAAGACCGGUAUAAGAUUCGUCAGGCAUUUAUAGCUGCACCUGACAACUCUCUGAUAGUUGCUGAUUAUGGUCAGUUGGAACUUAGGAUUCUUGCACAUCUUGCCAACUGUAAGAGCAUGUUGGAUGCUUUCAAGGCAGGUGGAGACUUCCAUUCGAGGACUGCAAUGAACAUGUAUCCACAUAUUCGUGAAGCUGUUGAACGGAAGCAUGUGCUUCUUGAGUGGCAUGCUGAACCUGGUGAAGAUAAGCCUCCAGCUCCUCUGCUAAAGGAUGCUUUUGCUUCUGAAAGACGGAAAGCGAAGAUGCUUAACUUUUCCAUUGCAUACGGGAAAACUACGGUGGGGCUGGCCCGUGAUUGGAAGGUUUCUAUCAAGGAAGCCAAGGAAACAGUUGAUCGCUGGUAUAGUGACCGGCAAGAAGUAUUGUCUUGGCAGGAAAAACGCAAAAAAGAAGCACUCGUAAAUGGAUGUGUUCACACAUUGUUAGGACGGGCUCGCAGGUUCCCAUCUCUGAGAAAUGCAACUCCAUGGCACAAGAGUCAUAUUGAACGGGCUGCCAUCAAUACCCCUGUGCAGGGAAGUGCUGCUGAUGUUGCAAUGUGUGCUAUGUUAGAAAUAUCAAAGAAUGCACAACUGAAGGAGAUUGGUUGGAGGCUUCUUUUACAGGUUCACGACGAAGUGAUAUUGGAAGGGCCGACAGAAUCUGCUGAGGUUGCCAAGGAUAUUGUGGUUGACUGCAUGUCGAAACCUUUUGAUGGGAAGAAUAUCCUUAAAGUUGAUUUAUCUGUUGAUGCCAAAUGUGCGAAGAACUGUGAGGGUAGGAAAGAUGGAUACGCUGCUGUUCAGCAUUUUGUAAUUCAAUGUGGGAAUUUGUAA